AUGGCAGACGUAGCAAAUCCCGCUGACAAGAAGGGCCCUCCCAAGUUCAAGCAGAGGACGACCCGCACCUUCAAGAGCAAGGCGCCUAAACCCGGCCAGAAGGGAUUCGGAGACGACAUCCCCGGCAUGGAGGGCCUGGGAACAGACAUCACGGUGAUCUGCCCGUGGGAGGCCUUCGGGGACAUGGAGCUCAGCGACUUGGCCAAAUAUGGAAUAGUUUAA